GAGUUGCUCCCUGGGAAUCCGGUGGAAGCGGGCAAGAGGGGAUCCCGCGACUCAGAUCCUGCUCAGAGGCGGGAAGGAGAUUCUGAGAUUCAGAUCCCGAGGCUGGGAGGAUCCUUGGAGAGCCAGCGGAGACCAGAUACUGGCAUUGCCAGUGGCUGGAAGAUCCGUGCUGAGCCUGUCAAAGGUGAGGAGAAGCAGGAAGAGCUGCAGGUUCUGAGGUUCUCCCAGGAAUGGGGAGGAAUUCGCUGGAUCCGCACAAAUCUUUCUCCUGAUCUGUCUUUCAGAGGGAUCCCCAAGGAUAAAAGUCAAGGUCAGGAUACCUCUCUAGUGGACAAAAUGGAGUCACCGUUGUUCAUGGAAUCAUCUUCUUCUAUUGGUGAAGCUGAAAGAGCCGCUGGAUUCCUGACUCAGGGUCCUGUGUCCUUUGGGGAGGUGGCCAUCCAUUUCAACAGUGAAGAGUGGUUGCUGCUUGAUCUCAGCCAGAAAGCCCUGUAUCAAGAAGUCAUGUUGGAAACGUCUAGGAUGCUGGCCUCUUUAGCAUUUGAUGCGCAGAAAAAGGAAAACGACCAAGAGCCAAACUUAGUGCCGUUGCAAAUAAUCACAACUGAAAUUCCUGAGGAGACCUCUACAAAUAAGCGGAGAGGGAAGAAACAUGAAAAGAAGCAUAACUGGAGAGAAAAAUCUAUUUUUGAAUGUGUGGAAAUGGAUUGUUUCCUGACCCAAGGUGAUUCCAAACAAAAUACGGGGAAAUGUCAAAGUAGAAAAAGAUUCAAAGCCAAUCCCAAUGUUAGUAACCCCUGCAAAUCAGGAAAAAGUUCCAGGAGUAAUAAUCUUACUUCACAUAAAAAGAACCAGGCAAGGGAGAAGCUCUACAAUGGUGUGGACAAUGGAAAAAGCACUGGGACAAAAGGUGAUUUAACUUCUCAUAAAAAAAUCCACACCAGUGAAAAACGCGAUAAGUGCCUAGAAUAUGGAAAGAGCUUUAGGUACAAAGAGUGUCUGAAAUCCCACAAAAGGAUCCAUACAGGGAUAAAACCUUACAAAUGUGUGGAUUGUGGAAAACGUUUCAGUGUGAAGAGUUCCCUUACGUACCAUAAAAGGGUACAUACUGGAGAAAAACACUUUAAAUGCAUAGAAUGUGGGAAGAGCUUUAAAAGUAGUAAUUACCUGAUGUGCCACAAAAGGAUCCAUUCGGGGGAAAAACCUUAUAAAUGUGUGAUUUGUGGACAAAGUUUCAGAACGAAGUCUUCCCUUACAGCCCAUGAAAAGAUACAUACAGAAGAAAGACCCUUUAAAUGCAUGGAGUGUGGAAAGAGCUUCAGGGGAAGCAGUGUUCUUAAUUGUCAUACACUGAUCCACACAGGAGAAAAACCCUAUAAAUGCCUAGACUGUGGGAAGAGCUUCAGGCAAAGCGGUAGCCUUAUUUCCCAUAAACGGCUCCACACAGGAGAAAAACCCUAUAAAUGCAUGGAGUGUGGAAAGAGCUUCAGUGUAAAGAGUGCUCUUACUUCUCAUAGAUGGAUCCACACAGGAGAAAAACCCUUUAAAUGCAAACAGUGUGGGAAGAGCUUCACAACUAGUAGUUCCCUGAUAUGCCACAAAAGGAUCCAUACGGGGAGAAAACCUUACAAAUGUGUGGAUUGUGGACAAAGGUUCCGUGUGAAGGGUUCCUUUACUUCCCAUAAAAGGGUACAUACUGGAGAAAAACCCUUUAAAUGCAUAGAAUGUGGGAAGAGCUUUACAAGUAGUAAUUCCCUGAUGUGCCACAAAAGAAUCCAUUCAGGGGAAAAACCUUAUAAAUGUGUGAUUUGUGGACAAAGUUUCAGAACGAAGUCUUCCCUUAUAGCCCAUGAAAAGAUACAUACAGAAGAAAGACCCUUUAAAUGCAUGGAGUGUGGAAAGAGCUUCAGGCGAAGCGAUGCUCUUAAUUGUCAUACACUGAUCCACACAGGAGAAAAACCCUAUAAAUGCCUAGACUGUGGGAGGGGCUUCAGGCAAAGCAGUAACCUUGCUUGUCAUAAACGGGUCCACACAGGAGAAAAACCCUAUGAAUGCAUGGAGUGUGGAAAGAGCUUCAGUGUAAAGAGUUCUCUUACUUCUCAUAGACGGAUCCACACAGGAGAAAAACCCUAUAAAUGCCUAGACUGUGGGAGGGGCUUCAGGCAAAUCUGUGACCUUGCUACCCAUAAACGGAUCCACACAGGAGAAAAACCCUAUAAAUGCAUGGAGUGUGGAAACAACUAUAACAGCUGUAGUGGAUUAAAUCACCAUAAACUUGUCCACGCGGGAGAGAAACCCUAUACAUGCAUGGAGUGUGGAAAGAGCUUCACUUGCAAGACUUCUCUUACUUCUCACGAGAGGAUCCACACAGGAGAGAAACCCUAUAAAUGUAGAGAGUGUGGGAAGAGCUUCAGACGAAGCAGUCACCUUAGUUACCAUAACAGGAUCCAUGCAGGAGAAAAACCAUAUAAGUGCACAGAGUGUGGAAAGACCUUCGUUGCUAGUAGGUCUCUGACUAUUCAUAAAAGGACCCACACCGGAGAGAAACCCUAAAAAUGCCUGGAAUGUGGGAACAGCUUCAGAUUUAACAGUAGCCUUUCUGUCCAUAAGAGGAUCCACAAAAGAGGGAAACAGAAAUGUACGGAAUGUGGAAGGAGUUUUUGUGAAAGAGAAUCCUUCUCAAGAAACAACCCACAAUGGGCAGGAAAAUAUCCUGUGGACAGCAAUCAACUUAUUUCCCUUACGGAUUAACAGAAAAUGAAUGGAUAAAGGGCUGGACUGAUGGGGUAGUAUAUUUUAUUUAUUUAUUUUUUUUAAAAAAAACUUUCCUGAUUUUUUAUGUAUAUUCGUUGUUUUUAACAGUCGCUUGGUCGACUGUCGUUGUGAGCUGCCCUGAGUCCUUGGAGAUAGGGCGGCAUACAAAUUUUAUAAAAUAAAGAAAGAAAGAAGAUAGAUUUUCAGGUAGUCAAGAAAGUUAAAUAUUUGGGAGUAUACUUAACAGGAAGAUGUACAACAAUUAAAGAAGGUAACUAUAAAAGAUUAAUACAACAAAUGUGGCAUUUGCCACCAGGAAGAAUAGCCAAGAUGUUUAAAAACCUGUCAGCCAAAUGUUGGAAAUGUAAUCAGGAAAUGUAAACCGGGCUCUUAUUACCAUAAGUGGUGAACAUGCCGAAAGGAAAAAAAAAAAUUGGACGAAAAUACUCACAUAAUACACACAUAAUUAGAGUUUUGUUUUUUUAAAUUUGAUUUACACGCCGCCCUUCUGCGGAGAUUCAGGGCGGCUUACUAUGCGUUAAGCAAUAACCUUCAUACUUUUGUAUAUUUAUACAAAGUCAGUUUAUUGCCGCUACAAACUGGGUCCUCAAUUUACCUACCUUAGAAAGGAUGGAAGGCUGAGUCAAAUACAUAGUUAAAGCAACAUAUCGUUAACACAUAGUUAAAGCAAGAUAUACGUUUAAAGUCAGAAAUAUUUUUGUUAGGUAUAAUAUCAGAAAAAUAUGACAAAGGGAACAAAUAUUUAAUACUACAUAUAUUGACAGCAGCGAGAAUUGAAUUUGCACAACACUGGAAGAAUGAGGAAACUCCUACAGACCAAAAUAUAAUUAGAAAAAUACUAGAUUGUACAGAAAUGGAUAGGUUAACAUUAAAGAUAAAGGACAAAGAAGACACAAUGUUUUUUAACAUGGGAUUUGUGUUAUCAAUGGUUAGACAAUAGAGGUAGAAAUGAGAAAUUAGCCAAAGGGAGCUGCGCCAAGCCGGCCACACACCUGGCCAUGACUAGUUGGUCGAGGCCUCCCACCUUCUACCAGCCACACCCUCCUUCCAUCCCAGCCACUGAAAAUCUCUCCCAAAUACAGGCAGAGGCAUAGAAUCAAAACUGCUGAAGUAUUAGUACCGCUUUAGUAAGUCCAUACCUGGAAUACUACAACUAAUUUUGGUCACAGGUGUUGAGACUUUGGAAAAAGUUCGGAGAAGAACAAUUAAGGUGACCAAAGGCCUGGGGACUAAAACAUAUGAAGAACGGUUGCAGGAUUUGGGUUUGACUAGUCAGCCUAGAUAUCAACCUAGAAAUAGGGAGAAAUUUUCUAACAGUGGGAACAAUUAACCAGUGCAACAGCUUGUCUUCAGAAAUUGUGGAUGCUUCAUCACUGGAGGUUUUUAAGAAGACACUGAACAAUGAUUUGUUUGAAACGGUAUAGGGCAGUGUUGGCGAACCUUUUCGGCAACCAAUGCCGAAACCAGAAUGCUUGCUUUUCCACAUGUGCAUGCCAGAAACCAGAAGAGCAGGUGGUCUUCACGCAUGUAGGAGCGCCCGAAACUGGAAGAGCAGCUACCUGAUGCGUGUGCGAAGAGAGAGCACUUUGUGUACUCUACUACGCGUGCCAUAGGUUCGCCGUCAGUAUUGGGUGUCCUGCUUGAGCAGGGGGCUGAUCUAGAAGACCUCCAAGGUCCCUUCCACCUCCGUUCCAUUCUAUUCUCCCAACUUAAAGGGACUUUAAAAAUGGUUUUAUUGAUCCAACACUAUACCAUAUAACCAAUAUUUUUUUUAAAAAGUGACUUAAAUUUCUUGAUUUAAAAUCAUUGUUCAGUUUAUCAGAUUAAAGUAAUCAAUACCGUAUAUUCUAUUUCUCAAGAUUUCAAAUGUACUUUAGUGUCUCUAUUUCAUUUUGUGAUAUCAAGUUGAUCAGAAAGAUCAAUCAGAGUUGCCAUAUUAGGGGAAUCGUAACAUUGAUAUGAUUUCAGAGAAAACUUAGUAGCAUGAUUUCUGCUUAUUAUCUUAACUUUUUAAAAAACAUAUUUCCUGAUUAUUAACCUCUUUUCUCAAUUUGAAAGGUUAAUAAAUUAUUCAAAACAGUU